AUGAAUCUGAUUCAUGGAAACAUCCCUGCUGGGAUUGGAAACCUGGUUAACCUAGCUGUCUUAUCCUUUAUGGGAAACUACUUAAGUGGUAGUGUUCCAGCUGAAGCUAUUGGGAGACUACGGAAUCUAGAGGUAUUGUUUUUAUGUAUCAAUAAUUUUUCUGGAUUAAUCCCAUCCUCACUUGGCAACUUGACUAAAUUAUUUCAGCUUUGUUUGGGAAUAAAUGAAUUCGAGGGGAGCAUACCUCCAAGUCUUGAAAAGUGUAAAAAAUUGCAAGUAUUGGAUUUAUCUAAUAAUAGUCUAAAUGGCACCAUACCAAAAGAAGUUAUCAGUCUUUCUUCCAUUUCAAUUUAUUUGGACUUGUCUAACAAUUUUUUGACUGGUUCAUUACCACUUGAAGUGAGUAACUUGAAAAAUCUUGGAGAGUUGGAUGUAUCCAAGAACAAAUUAUCAGGUGAAAUUCGUAGUAGCCUUGAUAGUUGUACCAGUUUGGAACGUCUGUACUUGGGAAGUAACAUGUUUGGAGGAACUAUUCCUGAAUCUUUGAAAAGUUUAAGAGGUUUAGAGGAAUUGGAUCUUUCUUGGAACAAUUUAUCUGGCCAAAUUCCCGAAUUUUUUGGCCAACUUUCAUCUCUCAAGUAUCUCAAUCUUUCAUAUAAUAAAAUUGAAGGUAAAGUACCCAAGAAAGGGAUAUUCGCAAAUGCAAGUGCCGAGAUUUCACUUAUUGGAAAUGAAAAGCUUUGUGGCGGUGCUCCAGAACUACUUUUGCCUGUAUGCUCAACAAAAGUUUCUGAAAAGCAUAUUAAUAUAAGAAUAGUAAUCUCAAUAAUUAUUGGUGUUACAGUAGCGACUCUGGUGGUGAUUUCUUUUGUUUUAUAUUACAAAAAGAAAUCUUCACGGACAAGUUCCACUACAUCUUCGAUCAAAAGUCAGUUACGUUUUUCUUACUCUUAUAUUUUAAAAUCAACUGAUAACUUUUCUAAUGAAAAUUUGUUCGGUGUGGGUAGUUGUGGUUCUGUCUACAAAGGUACUCUUUCCGGUGAUGGAAAAAUUGUUGCAGUCACGGUGUUAAAAGUUCAACAUCAAGGAGCCUUAAAGAGUUUCAUUGAUGAAUGCAAUGCUUUGAAAAGCAUACGACAUCAUCAUAACUGUUUGCUCAAGUGUUGA